CUUUCAGGAGCUGACAGGAGUCACCAGCAGAGUCAAAGAACUAAACAACUUAACUCAGUCAAACUCUCAAAGAUGAAGACAUUCAGUGUUGCAGUCACAGUGGCCGUCGUGCUCGUCUUUAUUUGUAUCCAGCAGAGCUCUGCCACCUUUCCUGAGGUACAAGAGCUGGAGGAGGCAGUGAGCAAUGACAAUGCAGCUGCUGAACAUCAGGAGACAUCAGUGGACUCGUGGAUGAUGCCAUACAACAGACAGAAGCGUGGCUUUAAGUGCAAGUUCUGCUGCGGCUGCUGCAGCCCUGGUGUCUGUGGACUUUGCUGCAGAUUCUGAGGAUUCCUGCUCCAACAACCAUCAAAUAUUCAUUUGUUUUGCCUUUUGUCUUAAAGUUCAUUGAACUAUAUACAUAUUUCUGGUAGAGCAUGUGAUAGUUUAAUGGUGUUACUCAUGUGUUCAUGGUGUAGUUAAGUGUUCAGAGAUGUGACUGUAUCACCCACAUAUUUUCUCUGUUAAGGUGUAUUUUCAAUAAAUGCCAAUGCUCCUUUGA